AUGGUAACAUUCUUAUCCUGGAGCGCCAACAAGGCGCAAGCUAAGUCUCUCUCCUACUACGCCCUCUCCUCCUCGCCAUACCACUACAUCCACCUCGUCGUGGUGAAGGACGAGCUCUGGCACACGCCGGGGCUCGAUCCCCACAAGCCCGUGGAGGGCGGCGGCGCGACCGUCGUCCGCACCUUCAGGGCGGACACCCAACCCCUCCCCACCACGCCAUACCAGAAGUUCAUGCAGUUCUGGUACGGCAACCGCGACCCCAGCAUGAUAUCCACCAAGACCCAGGCCGAGCUCUUCGACGGUAGGGCGCAGAAGGCUCCGCUUGCACUGGCACGCCCUAGGCAGCUCAUCAACACCCAACUGCACGUGACGGACAUGAUCCGGCCGCAGGGCAAGUACAUUAGGAUGGAGAUGAGCUUCCCAGAGUGGCUUCAGAUGCGAGCCCGCGAAAUGAGCAUCCAGGACAAGCUCCGCUGA